UCCAAAAAUAUAGAAAAAAUAACAACAAAAUUUACACAUUACACAUAGAAGAGAAGAGAAGAGAAAGGUUGGGUGAAGGGAGAAAUGGAAGACGGCAAGAGUAUGGGUCGAAAGGAGAAGAGGAAGGCAAUGAAGAAAAUGAAGCGGAAGCAGACGAGGAAGGAGGCGGCGGAGAGUGAACGACGGGAGGAGGAGGACCGCCUCAACGAUCCGGAGGAGCAGAGGCGGAUGCAAUUGCUGGAGCAGGAGGAGGCGGAGAGAAUGCAGAGGGACACGAUCCUCUUUCAGGAGAGGGAGAAGGCUUUCAUGGAUAUGAUAAUCACCCGACAACGACAGCAGCAGCAGCAAGAACGAGACCAAGAGCAGAGCAUCGACCACGACAACGAAUUUGAAUACGUGGUUCAGGAAGAAGGCCCUCCGGAGAUUAUUUGGCAAGGAAACGAGAUCAUCUUCAAUAAGAAACAGCUCAGAGUCAGGGUUCCGGACACCGACACCCACAAUAACUUUUCGCAGCAGAAUGACGACAUUAGACCUACAUCCAAUCCCUUACCCCCGGAAUCGGAAUCAGAAUCGCGCACUCAGAACCUCCAGGACGUUGCUGAACAAAUACCCAAUUUCGGAACUGAACAGGAUAAAGCUCAUUGCCCUUUUCAUCUAAAAACGGGAGCAUGUCGCUUUGGUAGGCGCUGUAGUAGAGUCCAUUUUAUCCCUGAUAAAUCCUCCACUCUUCUAAUGGAAAACAUGUACAACGGUCCUGGCCUUGCUUGCGAUCGGGACCAAGACGAGGGCCUCGAGUAUACAGAUGAAGAGAUUGAUCGCUGCUUUGAAGAAUUUUAUGAGGAUGUCCACACAGAAUUCUUGAAGUUUGGGGAAAUUGUGAACUUCAAGGUGUGUAAAAAUGGUUCAUUUCACUUGCGAGGAAAUGUGUAUGUACAAUACAAAGCUUUGGAUUCUGCGCUGCUCGCAGCAAACUUAAUAAAUCGUCACGAUUUUACCGGAAAACGGGUAACUUGUCAAUUUGUUAACUUGACAAGAUGGAAGGUUGCCAUAUGUGGCGAGUAUAUGAAAUCGGGUUUCAAGACUUGUUCUCGCGGAACAGCAUGCAAUUUUAUUCACUGUUUUCGUAAUCCUGGUGGAGACUAUGAAUGGGCUGAUUCUGACAAACCUCCCCCAAAAUUUUGGGUAGAAAAGAUGAUUGCUUUAUUUGGUUAUUCUGAUGAUUAUGAGACUUCAAGGGAGCAGGGAAAUUUUAGUUUGUCAAAAACAGAUUCUGACAGGUACCACUGUAGAAGGUCAAGAUCCAGAGAGACGGAUCGUUUAAGUUGUGGUCAUUCUGGUAGAAGAAAACAUGAAGAUGAAAGAAAACAAAGAACUCCGUAUGAGGAUCGGAAUGCUAGCUUAAAAAACACUCAUAAAAGAAAAUCCAGAGGCACUACUGAUACUGAUUCUGACAGAGAAUGGUUAGAAAAGGAGGAAAUUAGGGAAAGACGCCAUGAAUACACUAGGAAUGGCUCAUUUAAUAAGCGCAGGGAUGAAAAUAGCAGAAGCCACGAAGAGGAUUCUGAUAUGGAUUGUGAUACUAGGGACAAUGAAAAACAGCAUGGAAGAAACCCAAGAAAGUGCGACAAUGACAUCAGGGUCUGGAUUAAUGAGGCUGCUGGUUUGGAUGGGGACAGAGAUGUGAGAAAGCACCGUAUUAGGGAAAGCUCAGGACAUCAGAGUGGUGACGCUUCUGAAUCCAACAAAGAUUUGUUUGGUAGAGUGGAGAUGGAAACACUACAUGAUCACUUUAGGAAAACAUAUAGUCACAGAAGAUCGGGUGUUCAGGUGUCUGUAAAAGGAAGAGAUCAAAACGACAAAGUUGAUAGAGACGGGUCCCGGAAGGACAGUUACAAACGAGAUCAUCACAAAAGGAAGUGAUCAAUAAUAAGUGAUAAAUACACAGAAGAAUUUGAUUCCCAUCAGUGUGGAGAGCAGCAGAUAGUGGAUAUCAAUUGGUGGAACUAAUCAUACUUAGAAUUUUUGUCCCGAUGAAAGUUUAGUGUAUUUUAUUUUUACAUUUCUUCCCAUAUUUAUUCUUUUUUUUUUCCUAAACCUUCCGCUUUUUCUAUUGAUGAUAUAUCUACGAAUAUUAAAAUCCCUCG